UGUACCGGCCUCCAGUUUUCGCGUAGCAUCGAAGGAAGGGGAGCCAUGGCUCUCGUCAGUGCGGGUGGAAUGGGCGAGGCCGUACUCGGUUACGGCGAUGACGGAAUCGCGUCAGAAACGGCACGAGACGUGGGGCGCCUGACGAGCGGUGCGAAGGAGAUUAGGCUAGUGGCGGGGUUGCAACAGCCCGAGCAUGAGGACAAAGAGGGGCGGAGAGGGCGCGGCGUCAGAGUCCUGAUGGGCGAGCCAGAUGCGGGAGACGGAGACGCCAACCGCCGAGAAGUUGGUCGCCUCGUGCAGCAUCACCUACUGAACGUUGGGCUGGAUUCGGACCUCAUCAGCAAGGCGGCUAGACUCGCCAACGGCUCCGCGGCGCACCCCGACUCUGCAGAAGGAAAGCCCGACCUCCCCCUCGCGAAUGGAGUGACAGCGGAGAAGGGAGGAAGCCAUGCAAGCAAUCCAGGCUCCCCAGAUCAAUUGGUUGAAAUGGCAAUCAAAUGUCUGGACGAUAAGGUGGAUAGAGGCAAUCUGACACUGGAGGCUCUCGAACUGCUGCGGCUGGUUCCCGAGGGCUACAUACCUCUCCCUCAUCAGGUCGGAGGUCAUCGCCAUGUCGACGGAAAACUAGGGUUUCUAAGAAGGAAGGGGCAGGAGGACAUACUGUACAAGCCAGUCCAGCCAGGCAUCAAGGGAACUAUUGAGGUCCAGUUCUACGAGACUCUGUUUGGGGAGGAGGACUUGCCGGGAGAGGUCGUGGCCUUGAGGCAGCUGGUGCCCGGGUACUACCACAAGGAGACGAUCAGGGACAGAGCAGGGAACCUUCACGAGUUCUUGAAACUGGAAGACAUAACUCACAGAUACAAAAAGCCUUGCAUCCUGGAUGUCAAGGUGGGACGUAGGGUUUGGGAUGACUUUGCAGAGAAGGACAAGAUAGACAGGGAGAAGAAGAAGUACCCGGCACAGGAGACUCUUGGCUACAGGAUCAUCGGAAUGAGGGUAAACCAACGUGAUUAUUGGGAUCUUUCCUACGCAUACACUAGGAUCAUUGGAAUGAGGGUAAACCAACGUGAUCUUUCCUACACAUAGCAACAUGCUGGAUCGUAUGAACCAAAACUGGCAUUUUGAUUAGAGCAAGCAGGUUCAUUGGGUUAAAUUUCCAUUCCGUGUGAGAUUCGUUUGCGAUUAUGUUCUCUAGCGUGCAUGAAGAAAGAAAAAAAAAAGAAGAGCUGUCCUGGGUGUAGUUGAUUUGUUUGUUGUGCCUUUGCCUUUCUACCUCGUAUAUUUUCACAUGCACCUGCAUGUAGUUUUGAGUGGUGUGCUCAUGAGAACUAAUUUUGCACUGUUUGAGAAGCCCACUGCCUUGUUACAAUCAUAAUACAAUUUUGGCAGGUGUACCAACCUUCUACUGAUGAUUAUGUAUACUACGACAAGUGGUAUGGACGAAGCAUUAGAGAAAAUACAGUUCUUCAAGCCGUGACAAACUUCUUUAUAUGUGGCGAGGUGAACAGAGUUGACAUAAUCCCAGCUGUCCUCGGUAAACUACAGACGUUCCUGGGAUGGUUUCGUACGCAGACCUCCCUUCGUCUCUUUGCCACCUCCCUCCUCAUCGUCUACGAGGGAGACCCCGCCCAUUCGGACGAGCCGGCACCGCCCGUCGACAUCCGAUUGGUCGAUUUCGCACAUACCUACGAGGCCGCGCCGGGGAGCGAAGGGGAGACGGACAACAACACGCUGUUUGGUCUCGAGAACUUUGCCCAGUGUCUCUCUGUCAUUAAGAAUCGGAUCUGAUGCUAGCUACACAUAUUGCUGUGUUGUCGUCACCACUCUUGACUGCACUGUUCCACUGGUCUUGUAUUAGAGAGAUUUAUCAUCAUGUACCACAGCCUGUUGCAGCCUGCUGUACAAUCAUAUUGUGCAAUAAACAUUAGGUCACUUGGCACGUGUAUAUUAAGUACAGUCAUACAUGCAUUGCAAGAAUGGUUCUAUAGGAGCACAUUAUCUCAGUGAUGUACAGUGAAAUCUCUAUAUAAAGCACACCUUGGAGAUGCCUUAUAAGUGCGCUUUUUACUUGGUAUUGUAACCAGCGAGCAAUAAUAAUGCUACAAAAUUAAUUCUUUUUCUAGAUAGCCAUCCAGAAGUAUAAUCGUGGUAAAUCGACAUUC